AUGUCUAAGACCUUCUCGAAAGAUGAGGUCUCCUCCCAUAAAAGUCCCAAAGACCUCUACAUUAUCGUCGAUGAUGAUGUAUAUGACAUGACCGAAUUUCAAGCCGAACAUCCAGGCGGCCAGAAAAUCCUCCAAAGAGUGGGCGGCAAAGACGCCUCUAAACAAUUCUGGAAAUACCACAAUGAGGGUAUCCUCAAGAAGUACAAGGGUCAAUUGCACGUUGGCUCGCUGGAUAGCAAGCCAACAGCCGCCGCACCGCCAACACCACCAGCUACUCCUCCUGCCGAAAAGGCGAAGGACAAGGUGGAGCCGCAAGCAGAAUCAGGCACCAUUGUUCCCGUUCCGACGAAAGAUGCAACUCAAGCAAGCGAGUCGUUAGAUCCAUACGGCGCGCUGAUACCCUACGCAGAUCCGUCUUGGUAUCAAAGCUAUCACUCCCCAUACUUCAACUUGACCCAUGCCGCCCUUCGAGAAGAAGUCCGGAAAUGGGUCGAAGCAGAGAUAGAGCCGAACGUUACGGAGUGGGACGAAGCUAAAAAGGUUCCGGACUCGAUCUACAAGCAAAUGGGCGAGAAGGGAUAUCUUGCCGGUACUUUGGGCCUCCACCACUAUCCUACAGAGUACACGAAGAACCGUGUGCGAUCUGUUGGGCCUGAACAAUGGGAUCUGUUCCAUGAGAUGGUCAUCACUGAUGAAUUAUCACGAGCUGGUAGUGGUGGCUUAGUCUGGAACUUACUUGGAGGUUUCGGCAUUGGCUGUCCUCCUAUGGUCAAGUUUGGCAAGAAGCCACUGGUUGAGCGGAUCUUACCAGAGAUCCUGAAUGGCAACAAGCGGAUAUGCCUUGCCAUUACAGAGCCGGAUGCUGGUAGCGAUGUCGCAAAUCUGACUUGCGAGGCUAAGCUCUCUGAAGACGGAAAGCACUACAUUGUUAAUGGGGAGAAGAAAUGGAUCACAAAUGGUAUAUGGUGCGAUUACUUUACGACUGCUGUCCGAACAGGCGGACCCGGAAUGAACGGCGUAUCAGCAUUGCUAAUUGAACGGACCGAGGGCGUCAGCACCAGAAAGAUGGAUUGUCAAGGUGUCUGGGCUAGCGGAACAACGUACAUAACAUUUGAGGACGUGAAAGUACCUGUCGAGAAUCUACUUAGCAAGGAGAACCAAGGCUUCAAAGUCAUCAUGACAAACUUCAACCACGAGCGCAUCGGCAUAAUAAUCCAAUGCCUCCGCUUCUCUCGCGUCUGCUACGAAGAAUCCAUCAAAUACGCCCACAAGCGCAAGACCUUCAACAAACGCCUGAUCGACCACCCGGUCAUCCGGAUGAAACUCGCACACAUGGCCCGCCAGAUCGAAGCCUCCUACAACUGGCUCGAGAAUCUCGUCUACCAGUGCCAGGUCAUGGACGAGACGGAAGCGAUGUUGAAACUCGGUGGCGCGAUUGCAGGAUUGAAGGCCCAGGCGACUACGACGUUUGAAUUCUGUGCGAGGGAGGCGAGCCAGAUUUUUGGGGGACUGAGUUAUUCGAGGGGUGGGCAGGGGGCGAAGGUCGAGAGGUUAUAUAGGGAUGUCAGGGCUUAUGCUAUUCCUGGUGGGAGUGAGGAGAUUAUGUUGGAUCUGAGUAUCAGGCAAGCUCUGAGGGUGCAUAAGAUGUUGGGGAUGAAGCUGUGA